AUGACGAUGAUUUCGCUUAUCUCAUCCACGAAAUGCUUCGGUGGAUUGCAAAAAAUAUACUCCCACCAGUCUAAAGAACUGGCCUGCGAAAUGAAGUUUGCCGUCUUUCUUCCAGCGUCCACGGAAGAUCGGCGCCUUCCCGUACUCUACUGGCUCUCGGGGCUGACCUGCAACGAAACGAACUUCAUCCAGAAAGCCGGUGCGCAGCGUUACGCGACCGAAAACAAUCUAAUUAUCGUCUGUCCAGAUACAUCCCCGCGCAACGUUAACAUCCCAGGUGAGGAUGAUUCGUGGGAUUUCGGAUCCGGUGCCGGAUUCUACAUCGACGCUACGAAGGAACCGUGGAGCAAGCACUAUCGCAUGUACAGCUACAUCACGCAGGAACUGAUCGAUGUGAUUAACAACAACUUCCCGACGGUGGCGAAUAAGAUGAGCAUCGCCGGUCACAGCAUGGGUGGACACGGUGCAUUGAUCUGUGCACUCAAGAACCCGGGUCUGUACAAAUCGGUGUCGGCAUUCGCGCCCAUCAGCAACCCUACCAAGUGUCCCUGGGGUGAGAAGAUUUUCAGCGGUUACAUCGGAGAGGACAAGAGGGAUGAGUGGAAAAAUUGGGACGCUACCGAGCUGGUGGCCGGUUACAAUGGUCCACCGUUGGAGUUGUACCUGGAUCAGGGAUCGGAGGAUAGCUUCCUGAAGGAUGGUCAGCUUAAUCCACAGAAUCUGGUCGAUGCAAGCCGUGCGGCCCAAGUGCCGUGUGUUUUGAACAUGCGGGAAGGCUACGAUCACAGCUAUUUCUACGUCGCUUCCUUUAUCGGGGAGCAUAUCGCUUACCAUGCCCGGCACCUGCAGUAA